AUGGAUGAAACAGUCAACAGCGCUCCAGAUGGGGUCCAAACUCCAGAAACUAUGACGCUCCAAAGGAAGACAGCCUUGAAAGUCGGAAGGCUCGAGCGUCAGAAAAAAAUUCAAAAGAAAAAAAUGCAGAAUUUGAAAACCGUUCAAAAGAUGCAUUUAAAAAGGACAAAUAUUAAUAAUCCAUCCUUCUUGAAUGAUUUCACAAGCCGUUUCCAAGAAGAGCAGAACUCCCUCGACUUGAUUGAGGAGAAUCUUCAGAAGACGUUGAAAAACGAAGGAAAUUCAGAUUCGGAAAUCUGGCAACCGUCUUUGCUCUCGAAAGAGCAUAUUUAUGAAUAUGAGGACGCUCCAGAUUUUUUGGCUCCGGAGCAACGGGAUCUACAAAAAAGGAAGAGAACUUCAAGAGUUCGGUUCGCUGAAUAUGACAGCGAAAAGAACCGCAUGCGACUUUUCGUGAAAAAAACGAACGAAAUGGAUCAAGAAGCGACCGAUUCUCCAUAUUUCGAUUUUAUGGACUUCAGUCUCCGAGAAGGAUCACUUGAAUGUCAAAAACUUGACUAUCCAUUGAUUGGAAGAAUAGAAAAAAUGAAAAAACUAUUUGCUCGAAGAGUGAAAGAAUACAAGGAAGUUAUUCCACGGAGAUUGACCGAAGAUGCGUAUAGUUAUAAUGUCGGAUGGCAAGGAAAUAUUCUUGGAAGGUUUUGGUAUCUCCGAGAAGAAGAUUACACUCGCCAUCAAGACACACGAUUGCUUAAUGGAAUUUUGGACCAAUAUACAGAGAAUGAGCUCGCUGAAUGCUAUCAGUACCUGGCGAAAAGUUCCAAAGCUGCUUUCAGCCGGUAUCCUCAAUUUGAAGGAAAAGCAGCAUCAGUCAAAGGAGUCCUUAUUUUGACCAAUUGGCGAUUGUUCUUUCUAGAUCACAAAUGCCUGACCAACGCCCUCGUACAGUAUCUUCCAACUCAUGCUGGAAGAGGCUUUUGGAAAACCAUGACCGAAUUUGUGAUCCAGCUCAUUCUUGAUGCCACGAUAAGCUUCCACACAAUAAUUUUCGCCUUUGGAGGAGCUCCAAACUUUGAAAAAUCUGAUUUUACAGAGUUCUUCCAAAAUCUUGCCGCCUACACCUCGACGACGUACGAAGUCUGCUGGAUUGCUCAGGAUUGGUUGGAUGGAUUGCCAUCAAAUCAAGAAGAUAAGCAAAAUUUGGAUGAUUUCAAUAAUCACACAAAGGAACUCUUCGAUGCGAAGAAUUCGACUAGACAGACCAACUACAAAUGGGGCAACAUCAACAGUCCAGGAAUUCCACCAACAAACAUGGACUGGCUGGGAAAUGCGAAUCAAGUGAGAGUCAAAACAAUCGACCUUGAAAAGCUCUACAAUUGCUACAUCCGUCACUUUGUGGACAAUUGCAAUUGUUAUCCAUCGUCGAAGUACUUCAUCGAUAACACUCCAAUUAUCGAUGAUUAUGCUUAUAACGACUCAAGAUUCCCACUGAGACUAGGGCCAGCGGAUGUUCAGGACGAUUCGAGAGCGAUACAAACUGAAGAAUUACAAAAUGAACCUUCGUACUGA